CAACGACAACAACAAAGAGGCCAAGUCUUUCAGCACUAUGCAUUGUGCCUUCUUUGGACUAAACCAUCACCUGUCUGUAACCACCUGGCUCCUGUGCAUAGGUUGUGCUGCAGUGGCCUCAUCCCUCAGGGUCACUGCAGUGGAGGGGAGAACAGUGCUCAUCAACUGUUUCCCCACCACUGAUACCUCUGUCAGGGACACAGACUCAGACACAGACACUGACAGCACAGACCAGGCCAGCAGUGCCCUGUACCUCUGCAAGGGACACAGCCGCUACACCUGUCAGGACGUCUUGCGGGUCGAGGGAUCGCACGUCAGGCGGGCUGACGAGAGGUUCUUGCUGAAGCCUGCAGCGGGAGUACCGUUGGUGGUCCUGAUUACAGACGCCCAGCUUAGCGAUUCGGGAACCUACUGGUGUGGACUUCAUAGGAGCAAGCGGUUUACUGAGUAUGAAGAGAUUCAUCUGUAUGUUGCUCCCAAGACUGACAGAAGUGACACCACGUCAAUCACAGCUACACCUGCUGUGGCGAAACAACAACAAACAACAUCGGCACCCAGUGUCACAACAGGCCUUCCCAUCAACAUCAUUCUGUCUCUUUUGGUGGUGGCAGCUUUUGUGCUUGGGGUGAUAUUCCUGGUGUUGCACAGAAACUUGGGCAAACACAAAGCUGGUGAGCUAACUACAACCAGUGCAUCUAGGAAAAGAAAAGUGCAACAAUGCCACAAAGCAAUGAUUUGGCAGACUGUUAGUCAUACUACAUGA